UCAAAUGCAAGCCCAGAAGAAAAUUACCGAAUAUUUUUCUGUUCGGCGAAGUACUCGAAGGCAGGGGAAACAAAUACAGGAAGAAAAAAUGGCAAAUCUUCACAAAAUCAUCCAAACCUGUUCAAACGAAAAAUUUUUGGAAAUUUAUGUUUGUGAAGAGAAAGGAAGGGGGAUAAAGUCUAAAAAAUGUUUUGCUAAAGGAGAAUUUGUUGUGGAAUAUAAAGGUUUUUUGAAGAAUUUUGAGGGUUUUGUUAAUUUUCUAGGGGUCCCAAGGUUACAUGUUUUUAUUUUUCGAGUCCAUAAAUCGAUUUGGACUUGUCAAGUGUUGGGAUUUUUUAUUAGGAACCUUUGA